UCUUUAAGGACACCUAUGUAUUUUUUCUUAAGCAAUUUCUCGUUCCUUGAGAUAUGCUACACCUCAGUCACUGUUCCAAAAAUGCUGUUUGAUUUGUUAUCAGGAAACAUGGCUGUAUCAUUUAAUUGCUGCCUCACUCAGAUGUACUUCUUUUUUCUUUUUGGCACCACAGAAUUCUACAUUCUGGCCUUAAUGGGUUUAGACCGCUAUGUAGCAAUCUGCCACCCUCUUCAUUACUCUGUCAUCAUGAACAGACAAUUCUGCUACCAGCUGAUCCUUGGAUCAUGGUUAAGCGGCUGCAUAGUUCCAGUUCUACCCACAACCCUUCUAACUCAGAAACCCUUUUGUGGUUCCAAAAUUAUAAACCAUUUUUUUUGUGAUGUGGGCCCUCUGAUAAAACUCUCAUCUCCUGACACUUUCUACUUAGAUGCAAUAGUGUUCACAGUUUCCGGCAUUGUGGUCCUUUGUUCUCUUACCCUAGUUACUGUUUCUUACCUUUUUAUUAUAUCUGCUAUAUUAAGAAUAUCAUCUUCAGCAGGCAGACACAAAGCUUUUUCAACAUGUGCUUCCCACUUCUCAGUAGUUACACUUUUCUUUGGGACCGUGAUUUUCAUGUAUCUUCGGCCAACAUCUGGUGAAAAUUACGAGUUAGAUAAAGUGGUGUCCGUUUUCUAUUCUAUUGUUACUCCUGCACUGAAUCCUCUAAUUUACAGCUUGAGAAAUAAAGACAUGAAAAGAGCAUUAGUAAAAAUGCUCCAAAAGAGAGAUAAUUCCUGUAGGAAAUUAGAGAACAUUAACUCAAUAAGCCUAAAUACCUUUUAUAGAAAACACUGA